UUGGUUCCUCGUUCAGCGUUCCCUGAACCGGCUACACUUCGGUAGAGAAAAUGGCAUAAAAGGAGUCGUUUUCUACGUUCCUUCUCGCCUCUUCAUGUCCCCCACGUAUACGGCAGAUGCUGCUACCCAUUUUCUCCAGUUCCGGAUUCAGUACUCCAGCAUUGGUAACGUUUGUCCUCAUACUGGUAAUUCUUUGACGCCGAUUUUCUUAGCUCUGCUCUACUAUGACUAUAUCCCGACCUUUCCGAUGGAAGUCAAGUACAUGUGGGGCUCAAAGUUCAGAUUGUCAACUAUUCUGUACAUUUGUUGUCGCUAUGCUCUGAUAGCGAACGUCCUCUAUCUUCUCGCUAUAGCCGAAAAACUAGGUGCCAGGUACGCUCUUUUCAUUUGAAAGUCAUCAAACCAAUUUUCUUCCAGUUGUGAUACAUGGUACAAAAUCAUCGCGGCACUGAGCGUUAUUGUGCGUGCUGCCGUAUUGGUACAUGCUGUGAAUUUACGUGUUCGAUGGUGAC